AACCAUCCAAAGAGGAUAAAGACACACACUGCAGCUCUCUACUCCUCUCUCUCUCAUCGAUUCGAUUGGAGCGCGGGUAUAGAGAGAGAGUGAGAGAAACGAAAGUGAGAUCUGAAAGCAAUGGGUGUGGAUCCGAGGCAGGUGCUGGCUGGGGUGCUGACGGUUACUAUGUUCGUGAUGCUAGGCGACAUGAUCAAGCGCGACCAUUUCGAUACGGUUCAACCGGCUGUUCGUGAUACCAACAAGGUUGCGGAGCAUACGAUUGCUAGUGUUGCAAAAGGGGCUGAUGGCACUUGGAAGGAGGAUGGUCUGACAUUGAAGCCGUGUUGGAAGAAGCCGGUUUUUGAGGAGUCAGUUGAAUCCCUUGGGUAUGUUACGUUCUCACUCACUAACGGCCCGGAAUACCAUGUUUCUCAGAUUGCUGAUGCUGUAGUUGUUGCAAGACAACUACGGGCGACACUUGUAAUCCCAGACAUUAGAGGAAGUGAACCCGGUGAUAGAAGGAACUUCGAUGAUGUCUAUGAUGUUGAUAAAUUCAUUACGAGCCUCGAUGGAGUGGUCAAAGUCGUUAAAUCCCAGCCUAAAAUAUCAGCUCGUAAUCUUGCAGUAGUGAAGGUCCCUAAUCGGGUUACCGAAGAAUAUGUAGCUGACAAUAUAGAAGCAGUUUUCAAAACCAAGGGCAACAUAAGGCUGGUUACCUACUUCCCAUCAGUUAACAUGAAAAAAGAUAAAGAGACGACCAACACAGACUCUGUUGCAUGUUUAGCCAUGUUUGGGACACUGGAGCCUCAGACGGAAGUUCGUGAAGUUGUUGACUCCAUGAUUGACCGCCUCAAGACCCUCAGCAAGAAGUCAAACGGGCAGUUUGUGGCUAUUGACUUGAGGGUCGAUAUACUUGAGAAAAAGGGUUGCCACAAGAAUGGUGGCUCUGGAUCCAAAAGUUGCUAUAGUCCUCAAGAUAUAGCUUUCUUUUUGAAGAAGCUGGGCUUUGAAAAGGACACCACAGUGUAUGUGACCCAAACAAAAUGGCAUAGCAGCCUUGAUGCUCUAAAGGACUUCUUCCCAAAAACUUAUACAAAGGAGUCAAUAAUGCCCAUGGAGAACAAGGACAAGUUCCUGAACUCAGACACUACUGAAUUUGAGAAGGUGAUAGAUUACUACAUUUGCUCGGAGAGUGAUGUUUUCGUUCCAGCCAUAUCCGGGCUCUUCUAUGCCAAUGUUGCUGGGAAGAGAAUAGCUUCUGGCAAGACUCAGAUACUUGUUCCUGCGGAUAUUCCUGGCUCAACUGCAGCUCCCGAAGAAUUCAUAUCGUCUUACGUGACUAAAAAGAACCACUUUGCAUACUCGUGUUUUUGCUAGGUUCACACUAUGGGCAGUGGCAGUUUUCCCACACCAAGUCGAUAUGUGCUCUAUUUCUAAGCUGGGGAAAGGGUUUGUUUUGCAAAAUGUAUUUCAGUUGUUUCUAAUUGAAACCUCUCUCUCGUGUUUUGGCUUGAAAGGGUUUUUGGUAGAAACCUCUCUCUCGUGUUUUGGCUUGAAAGGGUUUUUGGUAGGUUGCAGAGGCGCUUUGCUGUGAUGUAGUAAUAAAUAUAGAGACACUACAAAAUGAUUUGUUGAUACAUUGUAUACGUUACUGUAUUGCAUCCAUGUUUGGUAUAUUCAUUUAAAAAGAUUGAGUGA